GUCCUCCUGCUCUAAUCUGUAGGUGCUGAUUGGAUUUUCAGCCCAGACUUCCUACAAGCGGAGAUCACCAUACGUGGCUUGUUGGCCCUGGGGGAAUAAGAGCUAAACUUGUCUAAGAGUGAAGUACAGAGCUCGGGCAAAAGCUGCAGCAAAAACCAGCUCUCGUUCCUUCUCACCGGCAGCCACAGAAGGCAUGUUUAGUCACCCUAAAGAGAAAGAAAAGCCACGAGACAUUUGAGCUGACAAAACAUCACUUAAUGCCACCUAGCUCUCGUACCUGUCACCCGAUACUGGACAGGAAAGUCCUCUCCUGCGGACCAUCUAUCUUUAAGCAGGAAAUGAAGGUGAGAGAAAUGAGUGUCUGAAGAAUGUUACUAGAAUCAGCUUUAUGAAUGAAUGCAUGAGGCAGUGUACUAGCAGGAUGCUCAGUUGAAGAGGGAUGUGAAAUUAUUAAGUGGUCUCUUUGUUACCAGUUGAAGGAGCUGAUGGUCAUCCUUCAAAGAUUUACUUGCAUGGUUGACGUAGCACACACUUGCAGGUUUUUUCCAUCUCUUUUCAUUGGCAACAAGUGCUUUAAAGCCGUUUAUUCUGUGCAAUGGCUUACUUUCUGUCUUACUGCAAAGGACAUUGUAAAUCUGUGCUGUCUCAGUACCAAACCCUCCGAGCUGAAGGCUUGCUAUGUGACAUUUUGCUGAAGGUGAAAGAAAAUGAGUUCCCAGCUCACAAGUCUUUGUUGGCUUGUUCCAGUGAUUACUUCAGGGCCAUGUUCAAGAGCUAUACCAAAGAAUCCAAGGCUGCCAUCAUUCACCUGCAAGUCAUCUCAGCCACUGGUUUGCAACAUGUGCUGGAUUUCAUUUAUACAUCCUGGUUGCCUUUGUCGUUUGCCAGUUUGGAAGACACUUUGGAAGCUGCCACUUACUUACAAGUGACUGAGGCCAUUGGCUUGUGCAGCCAGUAUCUAGCCAACCAUCUUACACUGGAGAACUGCUGCUUCUCUGCCAACGUUGCCACAAAAUUCUAUCUUCCAGAUGCUUUAUCAGCUACACAAAAAUUUCUCAUUAUGAAUCUCUGGAAACUCUUGGACCUGGAUUUUGCAGGACUGCUGGAAUUGAACUUCCAGUCAUUGAAGGCAGUAGCAGAAUCUCCUGAUGUGCCCAUGGUGAAAGAAUCGAAUUUGCUGGAACUGUUACUAAAGUGGCUGAAGUAUGAUAAUCUGAGGUUAACACAUACAACUAGCCUCCUGGAACAUGUAAGAUAUGGUCUUAUUCCAGUGGAAGAUCUGAGGAAAGCCUACACACAGCCAGAAGUGCCUCUAACAGCCCCCAUAAAAUGCUUAAUUAUCAAAGCAAUAAACUACCAUUCACUUACCUUUAGGCAGCCUAUCCUGCAGGAUAAGUACAGCACCUUGAGAAAUCAGAAGACACGGAUUAUCCUGCUUGGAGGUAUGAUUGCAAAUGAAGGGCCCACCAAGGAUGUGGUGGCUUUUGAUGUUUAUAAUCACAAAUGGCAAAUUUUAACUCAGGUGCAAGACAAGAUCCAAAAUCACUGUGUGUGUACUGUUGGAAACUUUCUGUAUGUGCUUGGUGGAGAAAUAGAAGAUUUGCAAAGUGAUCCUAAAAGCCCCACUUCAACAGUUACAAACAAAGUCCAUCGCUACGAUCCCAGGUUUAACAAGUGGAUACAAACUACAGGGAUGUUGGAAAAAAGAUGUCAAUUUUCUUGUUGUGUCCUAGAAAACAUGAUCAUUGCAAUUGGUGGGCAAGGUGAGAAUGGAUCAAUGCAUUCAUCUGUUGAAGUCUACAACAUUAGCCGAGACACAUGGACAAAAGUUCAAGGUUUGCCAUGCAAAAUGCAUGGUCACGCUGGCACUGUUUGCAAGAACGUCAUUUAUAUAUCAGGUGGCAAACGUCUGGAUCAAAGUAACACAAGUAAGGAUCUGUAUGCUUUGGGCACACUAGAAGGGCAAUGGGGAAAGCAAGCCCCGAUGAGCAUUGCUCGGUUUGGGCAUCAGAUGGCCACAAUCAGAGAUACCAUCUUUACAUUUUUAGGGCUUUAUGAACCAUUCUCUGAAAUUGAAAAAUACAAUCCUGACCAGAAUCAGUGGACUCGUUUAAGGCCAUUGGUUUAUGAUCGAUUUAGUUAUGGUUUAGCGGUAGUGGAGGAAACUGCCCUUCUCAUUGGGGGGAAGAAAUGGCAAGACUCCCAGGAGAUUCCAACUCAGGAUGUGGUGGGCUAUGAUAUUGACAAUGACUGUUGGGAAGACAUCUGCAAAGCUUCAUUGCCUUGGCAUGGAUUGCAGUGUGCAGUGCUACAGCUUUCAGAAUUAGUAGAAGCUAAAGACAUCCAACAGCAAAAGAGACCAACUGUUGAAGUUGCACCUCAUUGAGACUUGAUCCACAAGGUUAAUUCAGGACUUAACAUCUUCAGGAUUUCUAAGGAUUGAAAACUUAAUCUUACUCUAAUGUUAAGAAGUAAUGUUGUAAAACAACAAAUAGCCUUGAAUUUUAUGAUAAUGCAAACACAUGCAAAACUGCAUGGGUAAAGUUCAAGAAUGUGUUGCCAUUUAGAGCUAUAUAUUAGUACAAUUGUUUUGACUGCAUUGAUAAUUAGGAAUGAAUGCCUGAUUG